AACCCGGGAGAACAAGCUCGUCUUCUGUUCUUGCAAAUCCCUGAUCCCGAACUGCAGAUGUCAUUUGUCCGACUCAACCGGUCCCACUACCCACAUGGAAGUGCAAAGAAAAUGGGGAGGAUCAGAAAGAGGAAGACUCUGGAUAAAGAAUGGGAUAGCACUGUCAGUGACCUAAGUGUUCAUCGGGCUACCCCUGAGGAACUUGCUAAACGACAUGAGAAACAUUUAUCAAAGAACCGUGCCUUGGCUCAGUGGGAACUCGGAAAGCGAGCCAUUGCUAGUAAGCAACGAAAACAUGGACAGAAAAUGGCAGAUUCUCUAGAUCGACAAAAAUAUGCGAUCAUGAGAGAGAUUCUUUUUGAUCAGUACCAACUGCAGGAUGUGUUGGAACGAUCAGAUCAAGCAAUGGCUGUGGUUAGGGAUUUAUUUGGGGAUGCUCCACGGCGACAGGCAGGGUUCCCAAAUGUUACUAUGGCUCCUGAAUCUGAGCAAGCUGCAACUGAAGAGAUUAUAAUGCAGAAAUGUGAUCCACCUACACAAUUGUCCAUCCUUAGUGAAUCAGUCAUGGAUUCUCAGGCGCUAAAUGAAAGUUUCAACGGAAAAUCGCACCACGAAGUGUUGGAGAGGAAUGAGGAGGAGCAAAUUUAUUCUAAAUUGAAAGCCAGCAUUGACAAAAACAGACACUUACUGAAGGUGAAGGAUUCGAAUACACCUGAUUGUACAUUACAGAGAACGGCAGAACAAUCUGAGACUCUGGUGAAUCAGUCACUGGGUUUAAAGACUCCAGAGGCAUCCUGUACACUAGGUUCUUCUAACGUAGUACUGAAAGGCAGAAAGGCAUGUUCUAACAUGCCUACCAAAAGAAAGGUAGGCACUGAUCAAAGCUGCAAUCAGUCAACCCUGGAGGUUCUGCAGAAGAUGGUUGAGGACAUUGACCAGGAAAUGGAAGAAUAUGAACACCUGACAGGACGGGAAGUCAUGGACAGAAAGCCACAGAGUGGUCAGAGUCUAACUGGUUUCACCAUAUCAGUGGUCAGCUUGCUAAGCAGACUUGCUCACAAUCUGAAAGAGAGUGAACUGCAGCAGUGUAAAGAGAAGGAAGAACAUCAACGACUUCUACAAGAAUCCAAGGAACAUCGAGUACUGAUUGAUGCACUGACUGCAGAAAUCCUGGCCAUAAGAGAGGACACUGCUUCCUUACAGGCAAAAUUGCAUAAGUAUAUGGUCGUAACAGAUGCACAGCUGGUCUUCUUCAAACAGAUGGUACAUGGAUUUAUAGGAGCAGAAAAAAGUGAACAAAAUCCGAGGAAAAACAUUGCCCCUAAAACCAAGGAGAUGGAAGAACAAGGCAGUGUAGAUACCAAUGGUGGUUCUCACAAACCAGAGAAGGUAAAUGUACCAUUCCCCAUGGGCAUGCCAUUUCAUGAAGAAGUUGUUUUAGAAAGUGUGGGCAGAAGGACACUCCCCUUUACCUCAGCACAAGAGAAAUCUGUUGGAAAAAAAUAGAAGAGGUCAAAGUUUACCAGAGCGUGUAUUUGGUCCCGCAGUGUUGCUUUCUCCCCCAAGACAAAGAAAUAGCCAUG